AUGGGUGUGGCAGCUUGGUUGGAUCACGUCGACAUUGUCGCUGCACGCUGUAAUCCACUCGUCCGCCGGUGCCGCAUCCCAGAUGCCGCGGCCUCUGCGACACCGCGCUACAUAGUCCAGAACAAGGCACAAACCAUCUGCGCGACAAGGCAGCCGCGAACGGUGCGGAUGUGCCGCUGCGCUGCUUCAGGCUCGAUAGGCGCCAGAGUAUUGAGACCGACUUCGCCCGGCGAGUCUGUUGUCGUCGAGCCCCCGCCCUUCGCCAGGACGGCACUCCGCAGAGAGCACUGCGUUAUCGACACACUUGUGCUCAGCGCCGCAGACUUUGCCGACGAGAAGCCCUUGCUGGAUCUGGGCUCAAACUUGCUGUGGCGCUUAUACAAGGUCAAUGUGCGCAGGCUGAUUGACAUGGUCAAGGGGCUGUACCAGCAGCGAAAUCGUGGGCCGAUAGCCAAGGACAUCUCGCCAGACGAGAUGCACAUCAUCAGCUUCCACCCGGGACUCAUCCAUAAUGCCCAGUGGGCGACUAGGCACAAGCUGGAGGUGGAUGACUACCCGUGCGUUGGAGUGGCCAGGAUAUAA